AUGGCCGGGCCGCCUCAGACCCUCCGCCGACAGCCCCGAGAGGCGUCUGGAUCCCGCGGAGAGGCGUGGAGCCGGCUCGCUCGCCCCUGCGGCGAGACCCCCAGGCCAUCGGGGCCCCGCCACGCCCGGGCCUACAGCCCAGGCUCCCAGGGACUCGCCGCCCCUCCCGUCCCCGCCCCCACCUCUUCCGAGGCAGCUUCCUCCCGGUGCCCCCGCCCCGGAGUCCCCGCCACCGAGCCCCGCCCCGGGCCCCUCCCUCCGCCCCCUCCCCAAUCGCCGCUAACGCGCGCCCGGCAGCGCGCCCACCUCCGCGGGGCUCCAUCCCGGCCUCCCCCGGCCCGCUCUGCAGCGCCCGCGAAGGCUCCCACCCGCAGCCUCUGUUCGCCCGGGGACCCCGGGCCUCCCAGCCCGCGAAGCAACGGCGGUGGCGGCAGCGACAGGAGAAAGCCCGGAGGAGGCGACGGCGAGGGCGGUAUUCGGCGUCGCGGCCCGCGCACGGCUCUCUGGGACCCCGAGUCCCACCGCCCAUUCCGGGCCCGGAAGCCUGCUGGCGUUGGACUACAAGUCCCGGCAGGCCGCGAGAGAGGGGCGGGGCUCACAUGCGCGCCGCGAGGCUCUCUGGGACCCCGAGUCCCACCGCCCAUUCCGGGCCCGGAAGUCUGCUGGCGUUGCACUACAAGUCCCGGCAGGCCGCGAGAGAGGGGCGGGGCUCACAUGCGCGCCGCGAGGCUCUCUGGGACCCCGAGUUCGGCUCCCGAAAGGCUUGGACUGCGUCUCCCAGCAGGGCGCGCGGCGGGGCGGGCGGGGCACGUGGUCGUUGUCGCGUCGCGUCUUCCGUGCCUCGCCCUCGCUGGCCUUCUGCGUCUGCUGGCGCCUGCAGGGCGUCGUCUCCGACGUGACGGCGGCCGCACGGCGUUUCCCUUGGGCUCUGCCCUGCGCAGCCCUGGUCCGAGCUGGCCAGUAAGGCCCCGCGCCCUCCCCGCCUCGCCCCGAGGAUCCACCGCGGCCGCCCAGGCUGUUGGCCUUGUCCUCACGGCUCGGAGAUAAGCCGGCGCUGGUCACACCGCGAAACCCCUGUUCGCACCGAGACCCCGCUCGGGAUCAUGCGCACAGGCCAGGGCGCAGCAAGCCUUGGAGAAGCUACCUGCACAGCCCAUUCCUUGCGCGAGCUUCGCAUCUUCUGCCUCAGUUUCCUUACCUGUAAAGGGGUGAUCAUAGGACAUCCUUGGUCACACCUUUGUGGGACCCACCUGGGCUAGAGCGCGGUACCCGCCCAGGACAGUGACUGCUGCUGGAAACCGUCGUGGCACUGGGGUCACCUCCCCAAGGUCAGGGAGGGACUUGCAGAGCCCAAGGCUACCUGGUGCACCCCCCUGCCCCGUGGGCCGCCAGGUCAUAGUGCCCCCUGUGUGCAUUCCCCUGGUGCACCGCAGGGAUCCCCACCUGUCCGGUGAGGAAGAUUUGUCUGUCCUCCACUCUGUGUCCACCCUUACAGGCCCUCAGUUUCCAUGAUGGCUCAGCACAGAUGACUAUCCUGACCACCUCACACCCCUCCUUCCUCAAGAGGGUUCUGGCGUUUCUCUUUGCUCCCUGGUGCGUGUUUUCUCAUGGAGGAAGUGGGCUUCCUGCAAGCAGAGCUGUGCCCAGGACCAUGCCAGCCCAUGACAGGCAUUCACACCCUAAAGGAACAAUUAUCCCUCAACUGAAAACUACUCUGUUCCUGCAUAACAAAUCUUAGACCAAGACCUGGAAAGAUUCAACCAUUUCCAAGUAACUUAAUU